AUCUACAUAGCGACUGCCAUAGUUGAAAUAAUAUUUAAGUGUCGAUGUCGUUAGUAAUUAUAAAUUGAAUUAAUUGUUAUAAUAGAAAUUAAAUUGAAAUAAUAUCAAGGAGAGAAAUAAUAAAAGAAGAAUUGUGUAUAAGAUUUACGUAUGGUUCAUCCCUCGACAUUUUCCAUACGCAUACUUCUUUCCUACGGUUUGCACUGAACAAGAAAGGUUUUGUACAAGCAAAUUUCUGAUGUCUAACUUUUAAGAAAAGAAGAAGAAGUAUAGCUAAAACUCAUUUAACAAUCGUUGAAACAGACAGUAUUUAUAUAAUAUGGACAAGAAAAUGUCGUCGUCAUCGCAGCCGCGUAUAUUAAAAAAGAAACAUUUUCGUGUAAAGCAUCAAAAAGUGAAACUUUUUCGAGCCAACGAACCGAUUCUGAGCGUUUUUAUGUGGGGCAUUAAUCACACGAUAAAUGAGCUAAGUCAUGUUAAUAUACCUGUAAUGCUUUUGCCAGAUGAUUUUCGUGCAUACUCCAAAAUCAAAGUUGAUAAUCAUCUCUUCAAUAAAGAAAAUAUGCCGUCACACUUCAAAGUCAAAGAAUACUGUCCCUUAGUAUUUCGAAACUUGCGUGAAAGAUUCAGCGUCGAUGAUGUUGACUACCGCGAGUCCUUAACUCGUUCACAGCCAAUACGUAUUGAGUCGUCGGGUAAAUCAGGUGCACAAUUUUACCAAAGUUAUAAUAAAUUUUUUAUAAUAAAGAGCUUGACAUCGGAGGAGAUCGAACGUAUGCACGCGUUUUUAAAACAAUAUCACCCAUAUGUUGUUGAAAAGCAUGGCAAGACUCUUUUACCACAAUAUUUGGGAAUGUACAGAAUAACGGUUGAGAGCGGUCAACAUUAUUUUGUAGUUAUGCGCAAUGUAUUUAGUUCCCAUCUAACCAUACACAAAAAAUUCGACUUGAAAGGUAGUACCGUUGAUCGCGAAGCGUCGGAAAAGGAGUUAGAAAAGUCUUUACCUACUUAUAAAGACAAUGACUUUAUAAAGCAAAAAGUCAAAAUUGAAAUUGGGGAGGAAGCCAAAAAGAAAUUAUUGAACACAUUGUCAAGUGAUGUUGAUCUCCUCACAAAGCUGCACAUAAUGGAUUAUUCGCUCUUAGUUGGCAUACAUGACUGCGUUCGUGCUGAAGAGGAAGCAUUGCAGGGCGAAAACUCUCAAGCGACCGGACGCAGUGAAAACAGCGAAAGCGAGGAAUGUGAUAGCGGAGAAAGAUGGACUUACAAUACACCCCCUGAUUCACCACGCGGCGCACAAUACAAAGAAGUGGUCUAUGAAGUUGAUAUCUAUGCCAUUCCAAGCAUUGAAGAACGGCGAGAAAUAUAUUUUAUUGCCAUUAUUGAUGUAUUAACACAGUAUGGUGUGAAAAAACAGGCCGCCAAAGCAGCUAAGACUGUUAAGUAUGGAAGUAAUGUCGAUGGAAUUUCUACUUGUGAUCCGGAACAAUAUGCCAAAAGAUUUCUAGACUUCAUGGAUAAAGCAAUCGAGUAAUUCAUUGCUGCGUUGUGCGCGUAUACUGGUGCCCAUGUUUUGAAAAUUAGCUGUGUGAACUGAAAUAUACUAUAUAUGGUUAUUAGGAAUCGUCGACAUACGCAUACACCAUGAUAGUUUCUUAUAUGUAGUUACCCUAUUAUUAAUGAUAUUCGACAAUUUAGUUUUGAAUUAGUCCUUUAGUGGAUUUGCCAUUUUGUAGUUUUUUAUUUUUCUUAUAAUUUCAACUUUCCACAACACGACCUAAGCGUGAAACGUAUACCAUCGAAGUAUGCGAAAACGCAACAUUAUUGGUUUGACACCCAAAAACAAGUUUCGCUUUUUAUACCUUUACCACAGUUUAAAGAAAUAAUUACAUUCCAUUGAUUUGACGAUCUGACGAUUUAAUCUUUAAGCUGGCUGUCAACGAGCCGCUGCUUUAAGCACAAGUUGUGCCUAUGACGGUUUUUCAACUAAUUUAAAUAUUAUCUCAUCAUAUUUUCAAUUGAAUUUAAUUUCAUUUUCAUUAUCAAUAAUAUUCAUUUUAUGUUUCCACAUGUAUGGAUCACCGUAUUCAUCCUCUUACAUUAGUAUUUUCUUUUUAAAAACAUUUAUUUCCAAUUAACAUCAUUAGUUUCAAUAUAGAAGACGCGAAUAUCUAUAUAUUGGAGGCGAUUAUUUAUACGAAUGCAUAUCUGUAUUUCGAUUGUAUUGCGGUUCUGACUUUUUUCUAAAAACUAAUUUUAACUAAGCGAUUCCUUGCAAACCAAUAUUUACGUUUAUAUUGUGUAAGCAAGGUGUCAGCAAUCUGUCUUGACAAAUUCAGGUAGGUUGCUUUGAAAACCAUGCCAAGAUAAUCGAGGUGAAGAAUACUCGAAUCCAAGAAAACUAAAAGUCUGUUUCAUGACUAAACUUCUAAUAUUGUUUAUGUGCAUAUGCAUGAAGAGAAAUAUAUUGAUAGUUUUAUUAUUAUUUUCGUGAGAUUUCUGCUUGAGAUAACUUUUGGUUUCACACACAUUAACACAUAUAAACACCAAGUUACAUACUUGGAAGGAAAAUUAGAAAAACAAACAAGUUAAUUUAUAAUUUGUUCCAAUUCACACGUUUUAUGUAAUAUCUUUUGUACAUUUUUGAAUCUACAAAUUUUUGAAUUGAACAUAUCUAAAGAAAAUGGCUUGAAACAACAUAAUACCUGUUUACUUAUUUCUGUCAUUAUCUGUUUACAAACAAAAUGAAAUAAUAAAACUAUGAAUUUGAAUUUGGCCACCUUCAAAAGGUUUAGCAUCAAAUUAUUUUCAUUGACAUUAACUGUGGAACACAAUUCAUGAAUACUUUAAUAUACAUAAAUUUAUAUAACUGUAAAAUUUACUGGAGUAUGUUUGAGAUUUGUAUGGAUUGGAGUGUCAGUCAUAGUUUUUUUUUUUUGCAGAAAUAUUACUGGGCAUAUUUUUCGAUCAACGAAAUAUACUUUUGAUCUAAUUAUUUUUAUUUUUUGUACAAUGCUUAAUAAAUAAAUAUUGAUGCAUUAUAUAUAUACAAAUAUAUAUAUAUAUGUGUAUAUAUGUACAUAUAUAUGUAUAUGAUAUAUGUACAUACACUAAUUUUAAUAAACUGAUAAGCCUGUGUUUUUUAUCAACAGUUUUAAUUUUACUUAAUAUUAAUUGAAUAUUAGAACAAGAUAAGAUUCUUGAUUCAGCUAUAAACAGUGAUACUGACGGUGACUUUGGUAUUGUUGUCAACGACGCUAUUUGGUAAACAACAGAGAAUCCAUAGGCAUAUACAUACCUAAUUGUUUAUUUUAGUACGUAAAUAAAAAUAACAUGUAAGGAAGGGCUAAGUUCGGGUGUAACCGAACAUUUUAUACUCUCGCAAUUUAUUUAUAUUAUAUAAUACACACUUUGACCCACAUAUUCGUCAUAUAUAUUGUAUAAAGUCCAUUGAAAGGUGAUAACCUUAAUAUUAGGUUAGAAGCACCGAGGUCCUCGUGUUCGAUAUAUGGGGCCUUAAAAACCUAUGGUCCGAUUUCGGCGAUUUUUAGAAUGGGGCUGCCACACUAUUAACAUAGUAUUUGUGCAAAGUCCGAUAUCUUCACUAGUUCUUACUUUAUAUAUUGUAAAGCAAAGGAUUCAGAUCGUCUUCAAAGUUCUGGUAUAUAGGAAGUAGGCGUGGUUGUGAAGCGAUUUGGCCUAUUUUCAUAACAUAUCAUUGGGAUGUAAGGAAACUAUUACAAACCAAGUUUCAUUGAAAUCGGUCGAGUAGUUCCUGAGAUAUGGUUUUUGACCCAUAAGUGGGCGACGCCACGCCCAUUUUCCAUUUUGUAAAAAAAUCUGAGUGCAGCUUUCAUCUGCCAUUUCUUAUGUGAAAUGUUCGUAAUGAGUUAACCCUCUUUUAGAAAUUUUCAACCUAACCUUUGUAUGGGAGGUAGGCGUGGUUAUUAUCCGAUUUCUUUCAUUUUUGGACUGUAUUAGGAAGUGGCUAAAAAAACGACUGCAGAAAGUUUGGUUUACAUAGCUCUAUUGGUUUGCGAGAUAUGUACAAAAAACUUAGUAGGGGGCGGGACCAUGCCCACUUCCCCAAAAAAAUUACAUCCAAAUAUGCCGCUUCAUAGUGCGAUCCUUCAUACCAAAUUUUAUUUCCAUAGUUUUAUUUAUGGUUUAGUUAUGGCACUUUAUGUGUUUUCGGUUUUCGCCAUUUUGUGGGCGUGGCAGCGGUCCGAUUUUGCUCAUUUUUGAAAGCAACCUUCCUAUGGUGCCAAGUUUCAUCAAGAUAUCUUAAUUUUUACUCAAGUUACAGCUUGCACAGACGGACGGACGGACAGACAGAGCACAGUUUUGUCCGAUAAACACGUUAUAAAGUUAUCAAGGUAUUCAGCGCAUAUGGGCUUGCGAAGGUAUGAAUCCUACUUCAUAUGAAGGAGAAUAAGAAAUAAUGAGAACCCCUCUAAUUAGUUAUAACGGACAAGUAGGGUUCUGAUAAUCUUGAAGAGGCUGCUGAAAACCCACGUAAUAUGCAUUUAAAGUACUUUCUAAAGGGUGAUUUUUUAAGAGCUUGAUAACUUAACGCAUAAAAUUUGCAAAAUCUCAUCGGUUCUUUAUUUGAAACGUUAGAUUGGUUCAUGACAUUUACUUUUUGAAGAUAAUUUCAUUUAAAUGUUGACCGCGGCUGCGUCUUAGGUGGUCCAUUCGGAAAGUCCAAUUUUGGGCAACUUUUUCGAGCAUUUCGGCCGGAAUAGCCCGAAUUUCUUCGGAAAUGUUGUCUUCCAAAGCUGGAAUAGUUGCUGGCUUAUUUCUGUAGACUUUAGACUUGACGUAGCCCCACAAAAAAUAGUCUAAAGGCGUUAAAUCGCAUGAUCUUGGUGGCCAACUUACGGGUCCAUUUCUUGAGAUGAAUUGUUCUCCGAAGUUUUCCCUCAAAAUGGCCAUAGAAUCGCGAGCUGUGUGGCAUGUAGCGCCAUCUUGUUGAAACCACAUGUCAACCAAGUUCAGUUCUUCCAUUUUUGGCAACAAAAAGUUUGUUAGCAUCGAACGAUAGCGAUCGCCAUUCACCGUAACGUUGCGUCCAACAGCAUCUUUGAAAAAAUACGGUCCAAUGAUUCCACCAGCGUACAAACCACACCAAACAGUGCAUUUUUCGGGAUGCAUGGGCAGUUCUUGAACGGCUUCUGGUUGCUCUUCACCCCAAAUGCGGCAAUUUUGCUUAUUUACGUAGCCAUUCAACCAGAAAUGAGCCUCAUCGCUGAACAAAAUUUGUCGAUAAAAAAGCGGAUUUUCUGCCAACUUUUCUAGGGCCCAUUCACUGAAAAUUCGACGUUGUGGCAGAUCGUUCGGCUUCAGUUCAUGAAAUGUCAAAGCAUACUGAGCAUCUUUCUCUUUGACACCAUGUCUGAAAUCCCACGUGAUCUGUCAAAUACUAAUGCAUGAAAAUCCUAACCUCAAAAAAAUCACCCGUUAUGUUGAAGCGGUUUUUGUUAGUUAUACAUUUUUUGUAUAUUUAUUAUUAGGUCUACAACUUUGUUUCCGCCGUUUUCCAAUUGAUGUCUCUAGAGUCAAGCAUUGGACGAUUAAAUCGAUCUUGGACAUUUGUGUUAACAUUAACCCAACAAAAUAUUUGUAGAGAUCUGUUUGCAUCUGAAACUUAUUCUCAAAACUGAAAAUGUCACUUUUUGAGCCGAAUUCUCGACAUUUGCAUGGAAUACGCAUGCUACCAAAAAGAUGGUCGAAAGUAGUAGCUAGCGACGGCCAAUAUUGUGAAUAACAUUUUUGUAACCGUUUUUAUACAAAAAAAGCCUUAAAUUUACAAAAAAAAAAACGGUGGAAGCAAAGUUGUAGACCUAAUAUUAUUAAUUUUUUAGUAUAUUUUAUUAAAAUGAAAUAUAUUUUAUAAUUAAUAUGAUUAAAUUUUAUUAAAGUGAAAUACUUACUAUGUGUAGCUUGUGUUUUUGGGGUCGCUGAAUCCGAAUCCGAGGGCCAUUUAGCCCCAUCAAAUCAGUGUUUCGACAUAACCUCAAAAAACAGUAUGGAUAGCGUUUUUUCAAAUGCAUCAGGUUUGGUUUAAACACGUUACUCGGAGGUUUUUAGGGUCACGGAUUACGAAACAGAUGUCAAUUUUUAAAAUGCAAAAGGCGGCUCCAAUAUGGCGGAUGCUUUUUUGAAUAAUUCAUCGGAUUCGCUUGAAACUUGUCGGUAAUUACGAAUUCGACGUCACUUUUCAAAAAUUCAAAAUAGGGAAUUUUAAAAAUAAAUUCAUAUUCAAAAAUCAAUACCUAUCAAUAAUCUGAUGGUCAUACCCACUUAUUUGGUGUGGCUGUGUAAUUUAAAACUCGUAUAAUUUUUUAGGUGAUUUUUGUUUUAAGGAAUGUACGCAUAUAAAAGAGGAAGACUGUAUUGAAAUACAAACUUGCAUCCAACAUAAAAAAGAUAGAUAAAGUUAUUUUUGUUAUAACUUAUAUAUUUGUUUCAUUUUAGACAAUAAAUAAUGAAAAUAUUAAGUGCCAGCUAUUGAAUACAACAUGUUCCAAUGAACUGAUGAUUGUACUGCUUGAGGAUUUUCACUAAAUGAAUAAAAAGAAAUAUAAUUAAAAUCUAAGCGGAUAAUUAUUUUUUUAAUUAUAAUUACAACAAAACGGUUAACUUGAUACCGUGGCCUUGCUAAUUGAGCGCUCUGUGUAGAGUUCUUCAUAUUUUCAAAACGUUCACGUAUGCUAUAAUUUUUGAUUCUAUAUUAAAUAACUGUGUUUGAUUUUUCAAAUUUAAACUCACGUUUUUGUGCUUUCGAUAUUUGAGGAAUCGGAUACUUCAUUAGAAUAGAUGUCAAUACGGCCUUCAUUUAGUUCGCGCUCUCUCUCAUUGGCCUCCCACUUUUCGAAUUUCACACGUAGCUGUUUAGCACGUGCUGCUGCUUUUGCCUGUGACGAACACAUGUGGUACAUAGUAAUUUCAAAUAUAUAUUAUAUAUAGACAUAUUUUACCUCCUUGAGUGCCUCGUCAUCCAGCGAGCACUUGUAAUGUCCCCCUGAUGAGUCGUAAUCUUCAUCUUCAUCAUCCUCUUCCUCGAAUUCUUCAUUUUCAUCUUGUGAUUCUACGUCGCUGCUGUCGUCAUCGCUAUACACACGAUUACCACCAUCUAGCGGCGGUGUAAAACAUUUCAGCGGUCGGGGACCAGCCUGUUGGUCACCACUAUUCUGUUCCAUUUCACGAAACUUGUUCAACAUAAUGGCAGUAGUGUGAGAUUUCUCUAAUGCGUGAGUUUCUUCCUCUGGCCUAUCAGCAUGAUUUGUCUCUUCUUCCGUUUCCGCAUCUGGCGUUGGCAUUUUCACAACUCCCUCCCUUGGCGGAGUAAUACGAAACUCUUUCUUUUUUUGUUCGGUUGGACGAUACGUUUCAAAAAAUUUAAAUUUUGAACUGAUUUCUGAGGUUUCGAUUUUUAUAUCCUCUGGUUUCUCAUCAUACUUGACGAUGUCCUGUUUGUGGUUAAACAAAUACAGUUAUAAGCGAAUAAAGUUAUUAAAUGCAAACAGUUAGAACGACUGACUUCCUAAACAUCCGUAUGCAACAUUUUUAUGCCGUAUGAAUAUACACUCGAUACUUUGCAACCUUGCUUGUUUUAAACUAAAUAUAAAUAAACUUUGUAACACUUGUACAUUAGGCACAUCUCUAAUGCGCAAAAAAAGGACAAACAAAAUAUUUUGUUAGAAACGUGUAUUGAAUUUAACAAUUGCAUCAACAAUGUUAGUGAUGCGCGGAUUGCUUUUUUGGGCAUUUAUCUCGCAGGUUUGCCAUUAGGAAUACGAUACAUACGAUCAAAGUUUGUGCAACUGCAUUUGGUAAUGUGAUACUUUGUUCGAAUGCACCGCAAAAUACAUUUAGGAAGUCAUGCUAAAAUAGCUUAUGUUAGCUUACAAAGUCAAACUUUUUGGAGACUGAUUUUUCUAGAUAUCAAAAGGUCUAACGUCUGGCUCCUUUUUCUCUUACCUCAGGUUCAUUUUCGCUAUUCUGUCCUCUGGUGUUAUAUGUGUGCUGUUUAUUGGGUUGUGGAUUUGGCAAUUUUGGUGAGUUCAAUUGUUUUCUGUCAGCAACAACAUUCGCAUCCAAUUCCAUAAAUAUACUCCGUGAUUUUUUACUAAUCGCUGAA